AUACUGUAAGAAGAAGCAUUAGUGUGUAUUUUAAACUGCAACCAGAUAAAUCUUGUAUAAAAUAUGCACAGUAUUGCAAAAUAUGCAUAAACGCAAAGCAGUGAAUAAACAAACGCUAAUUUAAUUACCGGGAUUUUAUUAGUGCUAUCGGAUAUACUUUUGGACUUGCCGAGUUGGUUCUUAUUUUGGCUGCAAAACCUACAAUGAUAUGUGUUUUUCAAGUGUCGUCCGAAAUAUUUAGCAAACACAGGGAAAAUUGUUGAGCAAUAAACAAUUGUGAAAUAAUCGAAUUUAUAAAUAUCUACCAAAAUAUGAAGCCGUCAAAACACCGUUUAUCCAGCUUGGCAGAAGAUAUUACCAUUCCAGAAGAUGCACCUUUCCGUCUCCGCCUACACAUUCUUUUUGGUCAGAUCGAAAAAGAAUUUGAACUUUUGUAUUUGGAAAACUUAAGUUUGCAGGAAAAACUUGAUCACUGUAUGAAUAAAGAUCUUAUUUGCUCAUAUGAACGUUCGGCUGGAGUGAUUGCUGCAGGUGGUAGCAGUGCGAAUGUAAUCGGAAGUGGUUCGUCAAAUGCGACUUUACCUACUACGGCCCAAACAAAUAUUAUAUCUGCCAUCGUACAUGAUGAAGGAGAUACUACCGCACUAGCACCAAUAAUUGGUACUGGUGGAGGCGGCAAAGGAUUGAAAGCUAAAUUUACUUCAAGUAGUAGCAAGGUAAAAGCUAGUAAUAAAAUAAAAGCUCAGACGAGUCGAAUAGUAUCGAGCUUCAAGGCUCAAACAGUGGUAAGCCAAGUAACGCGAGAGUUCUGUGGACAUAAGGAUGGAGUUUGGCAAGUAACUGCCAAAGUUGGUCAGCCAAUUAUUGGCACAGCUUCCGCAGAUCAUACUGCGUGUAUUUGGGGUAUAGAAAAUGGUCGAUGUUUACUUCAGUAUCAGGGGCAUGCAGGUUCAGUUAACUCUGUGAAAUUUCAUCAGAAUCGGGACUUAGUAUUGACUGGUAGCGGCGAUGGAACAGCACAUAUCUGGCAGGCAGCAGUUAAUUGGGAAUCCUCUAAGAGAGGACAUUCAUCAGAGGAGGAGCUUGACGACAGUGAUGAACAGGUAGAAGAUCGAGAUCGCGUUGAUACUUUGCGUACUCCCUUGUGUGAGUUUACUGGUCCGGGUGGUCAUUCCUCUGUGGUAGUAGCAGCUGACUGGUUGCCCAGUAUGGAUCAUAGGCAAAUAAUUACAGGUAGUUGGGAUCGGACUGCGAUUUUAUGGGAUGUAGAAUCCCGUGAGCCAGUACAGACUCUAACAGGACACGAUCAUGAAUUGACACAUGUAUCUGCACAUGCAAGUCAACGUUUAGUGGUUACGGCUUCACGUGACUCAACAUUUCGUCUUUGGGACUUUCGCUAUGAAAUUCCUGCUGUAUCUGUAUUUCAAGGACACACUGAAAGUGUGACGUCAACAGUCUUUGCGCGCGAUGAUAAAGUGGUGUCUGGCUCGGAUGAUCGCACGGUAAAAGUUUGGGAACUACGAAAUAUGCGCUCUGCACUAGCAACUAUACGAACGGAUUCCUCGGUGAAUCGAUUGGCUGUUUCGAGCGGUGGCAUAAUAGCAAUACCACAUGACAAUAGACAGAUACGUUUAUUUGAUUUGAAUGGGCAACGUGUAGCUAGAUUACCUCGUACAAGCCGACAGGGUCAUCGUCGAAUGGUUUCGUCCGUUGCCUGGGCUGAAGAACCACUAAUGAAUUGCGAUUUAUUUUCAUGUGGAUUCGAUCGUCGUGUAUUUGGCUGGUCUAUAAUUUUGCCGAAAGAAAAUUGAAAGUUACUAAAACUGGUAAUAUUUUAGAAAAGAAUGCAUCAUAAAUCUGCAAUUCAAUACAAAUUUAUGUAUGGAGAUGUAGCAUUUGUAAAGCGAAAAUAACAGGAAUUUAUUCCAUUGUAUACAAAUAUCAGUAGUUAUUGUUGUAUGUAUUUGAAAAUAAGUAGAACUGUUGCUUGAAUUCUCUCUAUACGAUAUAAUUAGCAAAGGUAUUAAACUGUGAACAAAAAUAAAUUCUCUAAACCUCUGUCCAUUCAUUUUAAAAAUGAAUACCUUAACUUUUUUUGCCAAUUUGUUUAUGACAAUCAUAUUUUUGGAUAUUAUUUUAUAUUUUAUUUCAUAGAUGGUAUACACAAAAUGCAAUAUCGGAGAAAGCCGAUUCUAAUUUAUAAUAAAAAUAACGCCUAAUUUUUAACUCGAAAAGUAGGCAUCAAUAUCCACAAUAUAUGUACAUAAAUACAUGCAUGCACGUAUUAAAUUUAUAAAGCCAAAUAUCUAAUAAACGCUAUUAUUGUAAGCGUAUUGUCUUGAAAAUAACUUGAUACAUGCGCAUAAACAGAUCAUCAUUUAUAAAAAAAAUAUAAUUACAAACUGAGUUGCUUAUCGUUAUUAAAUAAAAUAAACUAUAGUUCUUAGCAUAACGAUAAUUAGACCUUGCCCUAUUAUUUGAAGAAAACUCAAUUCCUGUGUAUUAUGUAUGAUCUUGGAAAUUGUUAUUUACAUAAAUGGUUAAAAAA